AUGUCCCUAACACUGAAACGCAAGCCACGCGAUAAGCCUGCCGCAUACACUCGACCUGCAAAGAAGCAGAAUAUUACAAAUGACACUCCUUGUACAUCUGCUCAACCUCUCAAUAAAUGCUCAAAUUCAUGUCAAAAUCUCACUCUUGCUGAUUGGCUGUCUGUCUAUACCUUCAUUGAUGCUCACCCUCAUGCCACCCAGGCUGACAUUGUCCGACACUUCAAAUCACUCCCAACUGCUUGCAUUGAUGACAACCCAAAUGUGCUGUCAGCAAAAUGGCUGAGAGUUGUCACUCGACCGGAUCACAUGGAACAUAAAGGUGAAACAGUAACAUCACAUAUGUUAUGUGAGAAGUGGAAGAGAUUUGAAAAUGAAUUUGAUGUGCCAGAAAAGGAGAGAUUGCUUGGCGAGGCAUGGGUACAGUCAUUCUGUAAAGCCUAUAAGCUCCGUGAACGCUGCCAACAUGGAGAGACUGGUUCUGUUGAUCCCAAGGCUGUUGAAUUAGAGAGGGAGUGUUGUCACAGAAUUUUAGCAAAGUUUGCCCUGCAAGAUUGGUGGAACUUUGACGAGACAUCAUUCUUUCCUUAG